CAACAUGCAAGAUGGCCACGCAUCACAGGCAAAAUGCUGCUGGGCGGAGAAAAGUGCAGGUGUCUUAUGUUAUUAGAGAUGAGGUGGAGAAGUACAAUAGAAAUGGGGUGAAUGCACUUCAGUUGGACCCAGCUCUAAAUCGACUAUUCACAGCUGGACGAGACUCCAUCAUCCGGAUAUGGAGCGUUUAUCAGCACAAACAAGAUCCAUACAUAGCUUCAAUGGAGCAUCAUACAGACUGGGUCAAUGAUAUAGUAUUGUGUUGCAAUGGAAAAACAUGUAAGUUGGAAAAAAAAUGUACUACUGUUAAAGUAUGGAACGCACACAAAGGUUUUUGUAUGUCGACGUUAAGAACACACAAGGACUACGUGAAAGCCUGGCAUACGCUAAAAGACAAAGACGCUGUGGUCGCAGGCCUGGACCGGCAGAUCUUCCUCUGGGACGUGAAUACCCUAACAGCACUUACUGCUUCCAAUAAUCUGUUGACAGCUUCCUCACUCAGUGGAAACAAAGACUCCAUCUAUAGUCUGGCAAUGAACCAGAUGGGCACAGUUAUAGUAUGAUCCACAGAAAAGGUACUCAGAGUCUGGGACCCACGAACAUGUGCAAAACUGAUGAAGCUAAAGGGUCACACAGACAAUGUUAAAUCCUUACUACUAAACCGUGAUGGCACUCAGUGUUUGUCAGGUAGCUCUGACGGGACUAUCCGACUGUGGUCCCUUGGUCAGCAAAGGUGUAUUGCCACGUACCGGGUCCAUGAUGAAGGUGUCUGGGCUCUGCAAGUGAAUGAAGCAUUCACACAUGUGUAUUCAGGUGGCAGGGAAAAGAUUUACUGCACUGAUCUACGUAACCCGGACAUCAGAGUGUUAAUCUGUGAAGAAAAAGCUCCCGUACUGAAAAUGGAACUGGACAGAUCCGCUGACCCACCGCCAGCAAUCUGGGUCUCCACCACCAAGUCAUCCGUUAAUAAAUGGUCUUUAAAGGGAAUGCACAACUUCAGAUCAUCAGGAGAGUAUGACAAUGACUGCAGUACACCCCUGACACCUCUAUGUACACAGCCUGAACAAGUCAUUAAGGGAGGUGCCAGUAUUAUCCAGUGCCACAUUUUGAAUGACAAAAGACACAUACUCACCAAAGAUACCAACAACAAUGUUGCAUUCUGGGAUGUCCUAAAGGCGUGCAAAGGUGAAGAUUUAGGCAAAGUAGAAUUUGAUGAGGAGAUUAAAAAACGCUUCAAGAUGGUCUAUGUGCCAAACUGGUUCUCUGUUGAUUUGAAGACUGGGAUGCUCACUAUCACACUGGAUGAAAGUGACUGCUUUGCUGCCUGGGUAUCAGCAAAAGAUGCUGGUUUUUCAAGCUCUGAUGGAUCAGACCCAAAGUUGAAUCUGGGAGGAUUAUUACUUCAGGCCCUGCUGGAGUUCUGGCCCAGGACUCGUAUAAACCCAAUGGAUGAAGAGGAGAAUGAAGUUAACCACGUGAAUGGUGAGCAGGAGAACAGGAUCCAGAAAGGAAAUGGAUACUUCCAGGUGCCACCACACACACCAGUUAUCUUUGGAGAGGCCGGAGGCAGGACUCUAUUUAGAUUGCUAUGUAGAGAUUCGGGAGGAGAGACUGAAUCAAUGCUGCUUAAUGAGACAGUUCCUCAGUGGGUUAUUGACAUAACUGUAGAUAAAAAUAUGCCCAAAUUCAACAAAAUUCCAUUCUACCUCCAACCCCAUUCAUCUUCCGGUGCAAAAACUCUAAAAAAGGACCGGCUCUCUGCCAGUGACAUGCUUCAGGUGCGGAAGGUGAUGGAGCACGUCUAUGAGAAAAUUAUCAAUCUGGACAAUGAGUCUCAGACCACCAGCUCCUCGACCAACGAUAAGCCCGGGGAGCAGGAGAAAGAGGAGGACAUGGCUAUGCUUGCAGAGGAGAAAAUUGAGCUGAUGUGUCAAGACCAGGUUCUGGAUCCCAACAUGGACCUGCGAACAGUAAAACAUUUUAUCUGGAAGAGUGGAGGGGACUUGACUCUACACUAUAGGCAGAAGUCCACGUGAAAAAACAUCAUUUUUAACAAAACUCUUGUCAUUUGCCAAUCACCACCUACCACUGACAUGUAUGCCCCAACCCCAUUGUGUGGUCUGAAGUCGCAGUAACUGAGAAUCCAGUCAGAUUUGUGCGUACAGGACGUGGCUAUGGUGUAACAUAGGGAACUACAAGAUGGGACUGAAGCAGCUAAGACACACCUGGGAGAGAACCGGCCCGUUUUUCUUUUUUCAUUUAAUUUUUUUUUUUUUUUUUUUUUAUAAACAUACACCUCUGACUGCUUGUGUUCCUCCUCAUUGGUAUUUAAUUUGAGGUUAGCGUUCGUGUUGUCUGAGAGUAUUUAUAUGCACAUGGAUGUAGUAGACUGUUCUAGUACAUUCCAGAAACUGUCCUUGUUCGAAACACUCCACGUUUCACCAAUUCAGGAGUAUGUUUGGGCUCCUGGUAGUGUCACAGUUCUUCAGAGCUAUUGUCCUGUUUUUGGCCAUCAUAACUUGAACUUAACCUUGGCUUAGACAUGUAAUUAUUGCAGAGCUUGAACCUCAUCGCUAGAUGCACAUGUCUCUGUCUUUGUUUUUAGCUGUGCCGUUUCAAUGGACUGAAUGUUUUCUUUUUGUAAAUAUAUGUAUAACAAUUUUGA